AUUGCAUUUGGCUAUCGUUCUCAAUUAAUUCCAAGCAGUAUCGAAACAUUAACAUCGUUUGUAUCCUAUAGCAGACAUAACAGUCUACCAGUUGUAAUGUCGGAAGAUUAUUGUCGUUUGCUCCUCCAAAUGGUCGUAUUCUUUGGGCCAAUCACGGCGCUUCGGAGUGACGGCCACAUAUACACAUCUAAAGAAUUAAUACUACCCCGACACGACAAACAUAAAUUCAAAUUACUUCCCCGUGAACCGGAAAAUCUAAUAUGUGGAAACGAUUUAAACAGUUACAGCUAUCGGCAGUACAAAAUGGUACAAUCGGUGAAUCCAAAAUUGAAAAUGGUGCACUCAGGGCCUUGUUUAAUGAACCUCCGUACCACACCUGAUGAAGCCGGUGCUCCUUCUGAUCCUGUUGAUCCAGCAGCUCCUUCCAGUCCAAACACGCAUCCUGGUGGCGCAAAUCAGCCCAGCAAUCCACCCUAUCAAGGCGGCUCUCUCCCUCCUAAUUGUCUAUCCCACCCUGGUGAUCCUAACUGUCCCCAAUAUCCUGGCGACCCUUCUUAUCCUGGUGGACCUAUGUAUCCUGGUGGUCAUUAUCCCAGUGAACCAAUGUAUCCUGGUGGUAAUUAUCCCGGUGAACCAAUGUAUCCUGGUGGUAAUUAUCCAGGUGGACCAAUGUACCCUGGUGGUAAUUAUCCCGGUGGACCAAUGUAUCCUGGUGGUCAUUAUCCAGGUGGACCAAUGUAUCCUGGUGGUAAUUAUCCCGGUGGACCAAUGUAUCCUAGUGGUCAUUAUCCCGGUGGACCAAUGUAUCCUGGUGGUCAUUAUCCAGGUGGACCAAUGUAUCCUGGUGGUAAUUAUCCCGGUGGACCAAUGUAUCCUGGUGGUAAUUAUCCCGGUGGACCAAUGUAUCCUGGUGGUCAUUAUCCAGGUGGACCUAUGUAUCCUAACGGUCCUACAAAUCAAUAUCCCUGGAGUUAUUAUCCUAAAGGUCCCUAUCAUGGUGGUCACCAUCACGGCUAUUAUCCUGUUGGACCUUAUCCUGCUUCUGCUCCAGGUUCUUCCAAUGUUCAAGUUUGUGUACUGUUCCUUAGUUGUAAUAAGAUCAAAAAGCGUCUUAAAAGUUUAAAAGGCAAAAACGGAGGUAAGACGCCUCCAUUGGUUAUUGGACUGAAAAGAUUAUUAAAGAAUUCUAGUAAGAAAAUAGAAUAAGGUUAA